AUGGCCCGGGAGAAGCUGGUGGCGGCGGCGGCGGCGCAGCCGCUGGCGCCCGUGUCGGGCCGCGUCCAGCUGCAGGUCUUCUACCACGACGAGCGCCGCGAGCUGGUCGUGUCCGUGCUCGCCGCCGACGACCUGCCCUCGCGCGACGACACCGGGUUCGGCACGCUGCCUGAGGCCUUUCUCAAGUUGCGCCUGCUGCCCGCCACGAACGAGCAACAUGUGGUCAAGUCGAGCGUGGCAGAGCCGACGCAAAACCCAAUCUGGAACGCAACCUUCGACUUUCCCAACGUGCCGGGUGAGGACCUGAUGGAGCGCAGUCUGGAGGUCACUCUCUGGGACUUCUGCCCCGACCGUGACAGCGUCUUCCUCGGCGAGUGCUCGGUGGAGCUGCAGAAGGCGUUCCUGGAGGACCGCCCAGUGUGGUACCGGCUGGAGGAUCCCCGCAACCUGCGCGCCUCGGGCGGCAAAUCUCCGCAGGUGUCGCCACGUGGGUCCCUGGCCGGCGAGCUGGCCCAGCGGCUGCUGCGCCGGACCGACUUCCAGCAGAGGUCCUUCUCUGAUGACAAGGAGAGCGACGAGCGGUCCGGGGGUUCCCCCGAGCCGAGCCUGCUGCACCCGGACCACGCGUGGCUGCUGGGCUCGGCGUGCAGCUCGCGGCGCGGCUCCAGCCAGUCCGAGCAGCUCGAGGUGGAGACGUACCAGCUGGGCAGGGACUUCUCGCGCUCGCUGCCCGGCUCCAGGAGGUCGUCCUUCCAGUCGCAGCAGGGCGACACAAAGAAGGGAUCGGUUGGUAGGACAUACCCGGACAUCCCACCCGUUACGUACAACAAAGAGCGGCGCCGCAGCAGCUGCACGCGCCACAUGCGCGACCCGGAUGAGAUCCUGCGGAGCCUGAAGGCCGUCAAGGGCGAGCUGGCGCUUGGACGCGCCAUGAGCUUCAGCGAGAAGGCGCGACGCCGGUGCAGCGUGGACAACGCCUCGUUGUCUAGGCCGCGCGGCGAGCACGCCAGGGCGCAGCUGUACCAGAGGAGCCAGCUCGUCAGGGGCAGCAGGCGGGAGUCGAUGGUGGUGGGCGAGCUGCCGGCGCAGCUGCCCCAGGCGUCCGCGGGCAGCCCCUCGGACGAGGACGACCGCUGGGGCGUGGUGGACCUGCAGCUUGGCCCCGGGCAGAUGCAGCCGCGCGGCUACCGCCUCACGUCGGCGCGCUACGGCGAGGUCCACCUGGGCCUGCUGAUGACCAAGGGCCAGCUCGAGGUGGAGGUGGUGAGCGCCCGCAACUUCUGCAGCGAGGACCGCGAGAACCCACCAGACACGUACGUGAAGACGUACCUGCGGGACGGCGAGCGGUGGCUGCAGAAGCGCAAGACGCGCGUGGUGCGGCACAGCCUGGAGCCGCAGUUCCGGCAGACGCUGCGCUACAGCGCGUGCGACGUGCUGGGCCGCGGGCUGCUCGUCAUGCUGUGGGAGCGCCAGCCCGGCUUCGAGCACAACGUGGGCCGCGGCGGCGCCGAGGUGGCGCUCGACAAGCUCACGCUGACGCAGCCCACGCACGCCUGGUACCCGCUCUUCCCGCUGCACUCGCUCGGCUCCGACUCCAACGACUCCCCAUGACCGCACUGCCUGCAGUCCGCCCACCCGCGCCGGCUCCCACCGAUCCAGCCGCUCGCUCACCGGCUGCCACAGCUGUCGACUCUCGGCGCGGUCGCGAACGCUGCCCGUGCCGACGUCUGCGCCCUAGAGCUGCUACUUCGCUCCGGUAACAACUCGGUCCGCACUCGGCGUGCUGUGGAACUUCCCUGCCAAAGAUCGUCUGAAGCAAAAGUAGAGCAUCAGCUGGUUCCGUUUGCAAGUCUGACCCUCGUGGCAGUUUGUGAAACUAGCACUGCAUCGCAGGCCGGCUCGCAGGGCUACACGUUCUGGGGCAAGCGUAGCUGGCCGUCACCUUUUACUGAGACCAGUAGCGCAUUUGACCACUUGACACCAGGAAAUGUGUACAUCAAGAAGGCCGCCUUUACAGCAUUUAACCCUUUCUGCGUCGCGGUGGGGGAAGGUCUAAGUCGGUUAGGUUGGGCUCGUUAGUAGGUCGCCACAAGUAAGCCAUACUUGCUAUCGAUAGUCACUGGUGGUAAAAAAACUUCUCUAUUCCUUCGUCUGCCAAAUGAGCCUGAAUUACCAAUUUUGUCCAAAAAUGUAACGAUAAGGUUAUUUUCCCUACCCUCCCACCAUCGAACUGAUUAACUUACUAUCACGUCACCGCUUCUUUACGAUUCAGGUUUAUAUCCAGUAUAUAAUCGACCAUUUGGGGAUACAGCAAGUGCAAUAGUUUUGACAGCUGGUAAUAAUCCCCUUAAAUAUGCCGCAUUGCUACUACUGUAAGUUUAAUAAGCAGACUAGACCCAGAUUGUGCAUAAAUCCCUCUGGCCCACUGGUUUAUGUAGAUCACAGACAAAGCAAGGGAUUGCGUCCAUCUUUGGAAUGUCGCACACUGAUGCAAACUGGGUCUUUUCCUCUGCUUCACAGCAUUACUUUUCGACAUCCCAGACGUAAGCAAAAAGAUCGUCAGGGAACACGCGUAGUAUUUGCAUUUUAAAGGGUUCCUGAUAUGAAUCUCGAAUUGUCAGAAGUUCUGUUGGCCUCAGUCUAAUAAGAGAGAAAUAGACCACUUCCACAAUAUCCAGUGUAAUGCUUCCUAAUGCAUCGAAAAAUUGUAUGGCGAAAGAAAAACAUUGCUACAUUACAUCGCUAAGAGCAACGUCGCAGUUCUUCAGGAGGGUUUAUGGCUUAUUGAAAGUGUUAUGUAACAUAAAUUCAGCAACGACAAAACCAUGUAGAGAAUUGAAGCUAUGUAUAUCAUUCUAGUGCACCUCGUAAUGCGUCCAUAUAUUACAUCAUGUUCUUAAAUGACGUAAAACGGUAGUUUCGCAAUUUAUCGUCAUCUCAUACUUAUAAAGCCCCAUUCGCACUCAGGCCUCCACAUUGUCAUCUGAGCAGAAAUUGUACCAGUGCGGUUUAUUUCUGGGAUUAAAUGUAAUGAGUAAAACUCGUUAUCGUUGUGAUGUACCAUGUGUUCAUCGACCGUCUAAGCAUUUCUACGGCACAAUUUUGCUCACAAUUACCCCGCACAUUUGGUUGAAACUUACAAAUACUGAACCCGAAGUUUCCGAUUAUUCCAGUUCUGUUACUGACUACAUGUGAUGUUUCUUGCAAUCAUCUGUGGUACCUUAUUUUCGCAAAACAAAACCGAGUCUUACGUCAGACAUGAUACUUUCUAACAGAAUUUUUUUGCUUUGUAAUUUUAAUACCAAAUCGUAUUCCCUACUAGCUAACAAUGUCAAGAACAGUUGCAUACAACCGAUGAUCUGCCAUGAUUCGCAAUAUCCUUAGACGAAAAUUUAACCUUAGGUUUAUGUAACGCAUAAUUAAUUUCAGUACUGUCCAGCUUUUGCAUACAAUGGUCUCUAGUAACCUACCAGUCUUACUGUGCACAAAACCAAGAAUUUUGAGUUUUUUCUAUAUUUUAUGGUCCGACAACAGUAGACCACAACAGCUUUCUCAUUACAAAUAUUUCUUUUAGCCACUAGUACUCUAUUUAGUUCGAUGCGAUACGUCACGAAUUCCUCUCUUGUACCAACCUCUUCAUGUCAGAGUUGUACUUGCACCCUUCAUCCAAUUAUUUGUUCGGUGUAUUCCAAUUUCUGUCUUUCCCUACGGUUUUUACCCCCUGCUAAUCCCUCUAGUACCAACGUGUUAGUCUCUACCAUAUUAUUUUUUAAUAUCCAUUUCUCUUCACGGUGUUUUCCAUAUAUUCAUUUCAGUGCAAAUUCCGCGGAGAACCUCCUCCUUUCUCAUCUUAUCAGUCUACCUAAUUUUCAACAUUCUUGCACAGCACCACAGCUCAAACGCUUCGACUCUCUUCUACCUAGUUUUGCCGCUGUCUGUAAUUCACUACCACACAGUGCUGUGCGCCAAACGUACAUUCUCAGAAGAUUCUUUCUCACGCUAACGCCUAUAUUUUAUAAUAGUAGACUUCUCCUGGCCAAGAAAGCACUUUUUCUUAUGUCCUCCUUGCCUCUACCAUCACGUUUUGUUUCCAAAGUUGCAGGGCUCCUUCACUCUACCUGAUUCGUGGCCACUAAUUCUGAUGUUAAGUUUAUCACUAUUCUCAUUUCUGCUCCUUUUCAUUUCUUUAGUCUCUCUUCGAUUUAUUCUUAAUCCAUAUUGUAUAAUUAGACUACUCAUUCCAUUCAGCACAUCCUGUAAUUCAUCAUCACUUUCACUGAGGAUAGCGAUGUCUUAUCACUCAUACUCUUUCACUCUGAAUUUUAAUCCUACUCCCGAACCGCUGUUUUGUUUCUGUCAUCGCUUUCUGUUCCCUCUUGGUCUUUGCACAUAUUGUGUAUUAUCCGUCUAUCUCUGUAGCACACAACAAUUUUUCUCAGAGUUUCGAACAUUUUCCAUAAUUUUACAUUGUUGAACGCUUAUUUCUAGGUUAACAAUUCCUAUGAACGUGUGCCGAGUUGUCUUAAGUUUUACUUUCAUUAUCAAGAGCACAGUCAAAACUGCCAGCAGCUUGGAUGCAUAAGGUGUUAAGCUGACUAUGCGAUAAUUCUGGCCCUUAUGUAUUGCUGUCUUCGGAGUGAUGGAUGAUAUUUUCGUCGAAAUCUCAUGGUAUGACUCCAGUCUCAUAGAUUCUUCACACCGGUUUGAACAGUCUUUUGGUUGCCGGUUCCCUCCAAUAAUAGUAGAAAUUUUGAAGGGAUGUUGUCUAUCCUUUCGCCUUAUUUGAACUCAAGUCCUCCAAAGGUCUGUUAAGCUCUGACUCUCGACUUCCAUUUCUACUUCUGUCAUUUCGUCAGACAGAUUCUCCCUUUCGCAGAAUACUCUUUCUACCUGUCCACUUGUGUGCGUUUAAUAUUGGAACCCUCAUUGCACUCUUAAUGUUGUCGCCCUUGCUUUUAAUUUCACCGGAAGUUGUCUUGGCUUUUCUAUAUACUGCACCUGUCCUUAGGACAAGCAUUUCUUUUUAGAUUUUCUGACAGAUUUCCUGCAGCCAUUUCGCAUUGGUUUCCCGGCACUUUCUAUUUAUUUCAGUUGCAAGUGCCUUACACUCCUGUAUCGCUGUCAUUCCUCGAAAAUUUUUGUACUUUCUUGUUUCGUCGAUCAGGUGAACUGUUUCUUCUGUUACCCAAGGUCUAUUCGUGGCUAUUUUCCUUGUACCUAUAUCUGCUCAUCUUUUGUACUUGCUUGUUUUUUCAGAGAUUUCCAAUUCUCUUCAACUGAACACCCAUCUGUUGUACUCAUUAUCACAAUAUCUACAACCUUCGAGAACAUCAAACACGCCUCAUCAUUCCUCAGUAUUUCAGUAUCCCAUUUCUUUCCAAAUUGCCUCUCGCAGAGGACGAUCUUGAACUUCAAAUGUUCUAAAUUCUGAUCUAAGCCUAUGUUUUCUCCGGGGUGUGAAAAAAAAUGCGCUAUCUAAUUUCGGAAUCUCCGUCUCACCAUGACGUAAUGCAUCUGAAAUGCUCUCGUGUCUCUGGGCCUUUUCCAUGUAUACCACUUCCUCUUGUGAUUCUUGAACAAUGUAUUCGCUAUUACUAGCUGAAAUUUACUGCAGAAUUCAGUUACCCUUUCUCCUGUGUCAUUCCCACUACCAUGUCCACAUUCUCCUCUAAUUGUUUCUUCUAUUCCUUCCUACUAUCGCGCUCCAAUCCCCCAAGAUCGUUCGAUUAUUACCUCCCUUUAAAUAUUAAAGUAUGUUUAAAAUCUAGUAAGCGCAAAAGAGCGGUCAGUAAACAAGUUAUCGUCUCUUUCGCGGUAAACGUCUUCCGCGGUAAACAUUAGAACAAGUGUAUUCUUUAAGUCAUUAGCCGCUUGAAGACGACAACAGCAAAUUUGCUGGUAUUUUGGGAUAUCCGGCAAAAAAUUUGCCAAAAUUUAACGAAUAAAAAUAUAGUAUACAUACUGUUGACACAGAAAAAAUGCUAUGUAAAUAGCUUACUUUUAAUUUCGAACGAAAUUCAGUACUAGACAACGAAGGCGAAUGACGAAAUAACCCCUGCACUCACAAGCAGACACACUAGGUAACACAUUGUUGAACGAGUGAUAUUUGAUGACACGUGCGACAACGCAGAAAAUCGCUUUUGUGCAAAGGUUUCUCUCCUUACCUAAAUAUUGCUUUUUAAAGUAAAAAUGGAUGACGGUUUUUAUCGUAGUGGUCAGCAGCUGAGGUAAGUUACAACAGAUCCAAAAAGAAAAAAAAUCCACGACUUUCAUUUUUUUCGCUCCCCAGUACACUCUUUUGAGAAACGUUUUAAGCAGAGUCUGUGACUUCGUACAUUUAUCAAAGUUAUUUUCGACUAGUAAUUCAUAUGGAGGGUUUUGUUCCUGACAUAAAAACACAGCACAAGAAUUGCAUAAUAAGCGUGCUAAAAUCAGAUUGCAUUUGUUACUUGCCCUCUGUUUGUAACGUUAGUGAGUAACAAUGGAUUUAAUUCCUAAUAUGUAGUUGCACUGAGUGCUCAUGAUCCCAUUUCAUAUCCAAACACUCCACUCACUGCAUGAUGUGGCAGAUGUUGUUUCUGUGCAGCAUUCGCUGCUGUACAAAGAGUUCCAAAACAACCUGUAUCACUGCCCUAGUCUUACUGGAUUGACGUUGACGUAGCGAGGCGUAUAGAGACCCAGAUAAUAAGAAGCUUUUCCAUAGUCUCUUCAAAAUGCACAAGACCAAAAGCCAGUGUGAUCGUAUGAAUACUACAAAAUGCUUCUCUUAGACGAUGUUUUGACGCUGAGUGAAGUCAGAUUACGAGUCAAGUCAAAAAGAAAGAUAUCCUUUUGCACUCGUAAAUGUGAACCAAUGAAAGUUAACAUACAUCUGUUGUGUAAUGGUUGAACCUAUGCUUAUGUGUGCUUACUAGUGUUAAAGCUAAAGUAGAAGCUUCAUAUUUUGUGAAGUGUGAACGGCAAUAACACUGCCGCUACUGUAGAGCAAUCGUGAGUGGAAGAGUUCUUUGUAUUCUUUAUUCUUUAAUGUGCACUGGCACAUUAUUAUAAUGCACUACCAGCAAACUAAAUACUUUUACUAUCCUCAGAAAGUCUAGAUAAAAUAUAUAUAUGUAUGUACAUCAAUAGAUGUAGGCUAAUUACAGCACGAUAACGUGCUGGAGUCACUGUAGUUUAACACCAAAUUGUUUAGUGUUAUUUAUGCCUGACGAAGAUUCAGGUAGCUCUUAACCUACUACUGUCUUGCUAGUUGCGUGUAAUGAAUCAUAUUAAAGUAGUAACUAAUAUUUACAACAAAAACCUGAAUAACUUGUUUUUUUCUUAGAGACUAGCAAGAAAAUUUUAGUCUUAAAAGUAAAUAAUUAAAUAAAUCAGAGAAAGAGCUGCUGGAGGAAUUACAUAAUUCUACCGCAUGAACUAAGAGAAACUGCAUUUUCAUUUAAAUCAUCAAAUAAAAUUUGUUUAAUUUUCUGCAAACUGUCAGCUAUAAUCCUUUCAAUUAAAUUGGCAAUUUCAUUUACAGUUUAAGCGAAAAAACGUUAAUUACAAACUGACUUAUGUUUUGUAACUUAAAAAAGGGAUUUCUCACAAACACCAAGUAUUAUGACUGCUUUCAAAUAAAAUGUGAUUUGAAGAGGUGCUAUGUUAAAAUGGGUUCAUGUGUUGUUAGAUGUACAAAUAUAAAAAUGUAUAUAAAUAUUUUUAACGAAAAUAAUAAUAUGUUCCUUAGAUUUUAUUAUGUAGUUGAGAGAAGAAACCAUCUGUAACAACACCACUGACAUUAAUACGUGAAGUCUGCGAACUAAGAACACCAAAUAUGAAACAAUGAACGUCUGUGACCUACAUAAGCAAAUAACUAAGAUUUUUCCAAGGCUAAAUGCGUUUAGUGUGAACCAACUCUGGCUAAAGUGCGUGCACAUUUAAUUCCGUUCACAACUGAGAUUUAUAUUUACAACAGUCACAUGGAAUGCUACAUCCACGCUAAGGCAAGUUGCUAAGGUUACUGAUACAAGGAUGUCUUCUAUAAAAAUCAAAUUAAACAUAACAUUUCAACAACCCGGUUACGUCAUUAUCCUCGUAUAUUUUGGUUAAACGUCAUUGUGCCAUACAUUUAAAAUAAUACAUUAUUUUAUGCACAAGAUUUCGUGGGGAUGUGUUUCAGCUUCUAGUUUCUACUGAUUUGCAGAAGUAAUUUUAAAGAACAUUGUUACUCAGUCUAGCUUAGUGAUCAACUUGUGAAAUUAGCCUUAAGAAACCAAACAGUAAGUUUUGAGUGCAGAUAACAUUCUAAUGCUAACUGCCACGUAUGUCCUCCACGUAAUUGGUUUUGUUUUAGCAGGGAAACCAAAGUAGUUUACUUGUUGGACACAGACCUUCCUUUCACCGCCGCAGUACUUGCACAGACCCAUCGACUGAUCUCACUCUAAAUGCUCGUCUCUGAGCGGUUCCAGGCGGCGUCCGAUCGGAAGCGCCGCAACCCGGGCCAGGCUGCCGCACUGACGACGCAGACAUUGACGGAGCGCAUAGCGCCGUUGGUCACGUUCCCCGUCUCUACCCGAAACACUGUCUUUCUGGCCUAAUGACUUCGUCCGCGCGAUCACAAUCAGACAGACCGGCUGGAGAAUGUGAUAUAGGUCCCUUCUCGUAUCCAAGAAACAAUUUUUCUAUUUUCAUGGCUAGUUUUCUAAACUCUUAUUUUCUUUCUAGCUUGUAUAUUGGCCUAAUAUAUUAUAGUUCAAUUAAAAUAAUAAAGAAGUACUUAGCCAGAGAAAAACUGUAAUAAAGCAUGUCCUCGUAGAGGAGACUUCAGAGACUCAAGAUUCCACCCGACACAGACAAUCAUGUUGUUUAUAAUUGUGUAUAAAUAUCAUCGAAGUUAAGUGCUUAACAUUAAGGAUAUGAUGCCGGCAUAAUGUCUCAGUUUUAUUCUGAUUAACAGAAACGUUAAUGGAUGGUGUCUAGUAGUACAGUUUCUAGUAAUUGAUAACAACAAACUUAAAUUAGGUAAGUAUCGAACGAGUCGCAGUGGUGUAAUUGUUUCAUAACAAAGAACGCAAUCCACAAAAACACAAGCAACUGUUUGGCUAUAUUACUUAUCAGCAUCGCAAAUAUUAUAUACUUCUCGUAAAAUUUGUGUACCAGCAGCCUCCUGCUAAAACAGAAAAUAACUUGCUCAGACCACUGCACAAUGAAAGUAAAUAACGAGAUCAUAUAGAUGUCAUUCCCUUGUUAGAUACAGUAAUACAUCAUAUCAUAAAACUUAUGCUCUUGAUAAAGUAAUUGAACUCUUGUGAAGGACCUUUGACUGUAAAAAAUAUUUAUACUUGUUUACUAAUCUAUUUACCAACAUUAAGGUUUCGCCAUACGAAGUACUUUUUCAGAUUUGUCUAUUUUACAUGAAAAUUAUUUUGUAUAAGUAUAAUAUAAUUCUUAUCAGUUUUCCUUUUUAUAUCGCACAAAAUGUUGGUCGAGUCUGUAAAUCGAUACUUCCUGAUCUAAACUGCGGCGUGUCCUGCGAAAUGACACGUUACUCACUUUAAAGAAAUACCAGAAGCUAUGCAUUUCCAUGACUUCCCAGAGAAGAAGUGUAGCAUAUACUGCUACUUAACUGCAAUCACUACGGUGGGACAGCUUAUUAAGGAUUCUGGCAUCAUAUCCUAAUGUUACGCGGCGAACAUUGUGAGGCCUGUCAACAGGCAAAAUAAAUGGUUGUAUAUAUAUAGAAAGAGAGACAUAUAUUUUUUUUAGAUCCGGAAUUGUAACACAAAAUAUUUAUAGCACAUAAGUAGCACAGACUUGAUGCAGAAUAAUCUUUUGAACACUCGAAAUUAUUUUGCUGCGUUAUGAGAGAUUAAAUCACUCAAAUAAAGUUUUUCGCUGCCUCGUGCUGGAGGAAUAAACACAAUUUAAUGUUAUUGUUUCCUGUUUGACAGGGAUGUAGUUCUGUUAAAUUCGGUGUGGUCGCAACAUUUUUUUUUUUCAUUCCAAAUAAAUGUUUAUCUUCUCCACCAAAUACACGCGGGUGAUGUGGACAUCUUUUAUGCAUUCACUCUUCGCACAUAAUCCGAUGCAACUUCAAACAAGUUAUGCAUUUCUUUUUUUCCCGUAAUUUUUUUCCACUUACCUUGCAUACAACAGUGAUGCAUUAACCUGUGCUAAUUUUGUGCAUAUAAUGGAGUAUAUUCUGAACUUGUGAAGAGCAAGACAUGUGUCUUAAUUCGCUCUACCAUAUCACAAUUAUAUAGAUAUAUAAAUUUGUGAUUCGAAAAAUAAAAGCUUAGUGGAGCGACAGAAAUAUCUAGUUUAAAUGUAACGAAAAUUUAAAUAAUUAUGAUAAUUAUAUAACUUGUUGUUUUAGGUGAUUGAUGUUUCUUUUUUGUAAUUUCAUGUCCGUUUCAAACGUAGAAUUUAGUAUCUGUCUAAAGAUUUCCUCUCUUAGGACAAAUUUAUGUACAGUUUGAUUCAUAACAGUUAAGAAAUAUAAUUGUACAUGUAAAUAUAACUCACAUUUAACACACAAUAUAUAGCUAACUAUUUCACAAAUUAUCGUUCUGUUGACCUUACUUACAGUAUGCCCUAACAAAAUAACUUACCGUCACGCAUUCUGAUGGUCUGAAAUUCACCAAAUAAAUCUCUAAAUUAUUCUCAAAUACUUGUAAGGUUACAUCUUUUUCAUUGUACCUACAGUAGCAUAGCUCAUGUUUCUUAGGAGAAAAUAAAUACGGAAAUACUUUAUUCCAUCUUAAUGAUAUACAUAUAUAUGAAACAUGUACUGUUUUAAAUAUUUUUAUGUUCAUCUACUAUUGACAGUGAAUAUGUAGAUGUAAGUCCCGUGAAAUCGUAGUUGAUCAGUAGUAUAUAAAUAGUUUAGAUUUACGUAAUGAGCUCUACCUUCAAAACGAAAUUACAGAGGGAGAAACUUCAACGCACAACCUCCCCAUGACAAUCUCCCAGACAAUAACUCUUGAAGCGAAACAUGCGAUGCUACUACCUCACAUUUAAAGAAGCUUUUGUCUCUGACUUUGUCUUCCUCCUUCACAUUUUACAAGCAAAAGUCCUAAACCAGUAUUCCGAAUAUGAACCAGAAUACUCUAGGAUGUAAAAUUUUUCUCCCUAUUGAGAUAACUACUGCUGUAAACGCUUCUGACCAUUUGAAAUUGUGUCCCGAGCCACGCGAUGCGUCUGCAUUUCAUUGACAAUGCUCUGAAGAACGGGUAGGACCUGCAGACUAGCUGUCGCUUUGAGUCGGUCAAGGGUAAGUCCUCAGCUGACUCAAUUGCACAAACUUAGACUAUGACAGUCAGUUGUCCAGGCUCGAAUCCCGGCGUUACAGACAAUUUUGGGGUAUCACUGAAGUUGAUAAUAUACUUAAAAUUGAACUUGUUUUGGGAGAAAAUUAUGUAUUGGUAAGAAAAAUUUAUGUGUUAAUGAACUUCCACCGUGCUUUAUUAUGCACCAAAAUCUGAGAGGAAAUACUUAUCGAAAUUAUUUAUUAAAUUUCAAAGUCGAAGACUACGUAUUCGAGCUGAAUCUAUUUUAAACUAUAACACUGUUUCACACAAAUUGCAGACUUCAAUCUUUUCAUCUGUAGAUUAAUGAAAAAUUUUGUGUUUCUAACCUUAGACCACGCUUCUAAUUUGAAAAAUACUUUACACGCUGAUGCAUAAAAUGUGAAAGUAUCAGUGUUCCCACACUGGAAACUUGCACCCCCUUAACACAUAAAUGAAGUAGGUACAGCGAACAUUAUUCUCGUCGAAGAAUACCGCUAUACUUGUGUCAGCUGAUCCGCUUUGGUCGAGAUGGCAGUCAAUCACUUCUCGCCUAGCUUCUCCACCCAUUCUGAUGCACGAGGACAAAUGACACAACGGUAGUAGCAUCUCAUGGCUCGUCUCAUCCAUUCUGUAGUGUCCAUUACACCGCCCCUACUGUGACUAGAGGAAAUGUAAAAUGGUUCCACAUGGAAGUCCUGUGGUAAUUCGAAAAAAAUUCAAAAAUAUAUAACGAUAACAUAUAAAUAAAUAUAUAUAUAUAUAUAUAUAUUUGUUAGUUAUUUACAUCUGGGAUAUUUUCUUUUCAGAUUGAUUAAUUUCCCAGUACUUAUACGAAUGUAUGGGAAAGCUAUAAACGC